AUGACGAGCAAAACUGGAGACCAUGAGUCUCCUCAUGCCUCAGCCACAUUGACAGCCGACACCAAACCACGCGCUCAGCGCGUCCCGCCCCCCGAGACCCCAGAAGCUAUCCAGGCGCGAUUCCGAGUCAUUGCUGCCUUUUGGGCCGUCAUAAUCUUUCUAGGAUUCCCAAUAUGGUGGAAGACUACUUCCAUUUACCGGGCGCAUUUGCCAAUCCAGGACAUGGCUGAUUGGGCAGAUGGCAAGACAUGUCGCCCGGUUUUUCCGCUUGAAAUUCACGUCGCAGCACCGACUAUGCAACUGCCUGAGUCGCAGCAUCUCGUCCGCACGACUCAGCAUGCCCUCGACGAUCUCAAUGAAUUCGCCGCCCACCAUCUUCGCCUCAAGCUGACGAACGACACCGAGGCUUCCACUGCUCCAAGUGGUGAUGAUAACGCUACUGCUGGAAUUACAGCCGACGAUGGACCAGACACUGCAUUGACCGUUCGCGUGGUGCCCCAGGAGGGUCUGGCUACCCCUAGGUCUGAGCUACGCGCAGACACAACUCAGCUCGACAUCUUCUAUCCACCGAGUCAAGCGCCUGUUCCUUCGUCUUCAAAUCCUCCACUGUCGGUCUUCAUCGCAGAAGAGCUGCAGCGGUUGUACAGCGAAGAAAAAGCUACCAUUGCUCACAUUCUUUCUGGCGGCACGGCCGGUCGUGACUCAGAGACCAUCAGCCGACGGUUGCGACGGUCAAUGAAGUACGCCGAUACGUAUCAUCUAUCAUUCUCUUUAUUUACGCCUGGUUCUGCUCCAUCCUCGUGGCAUAUCGAAGCCGCUGUACAAGAGUACCUCUCUCCUCUCCUUCACGCAUUCGCUCCUAUCAGCAACUUCACUAUCGACACCCAAGUCCAGCUCUAUGCGAGAUUCUCGCCUAUGACUCCGGCACCUGUGUACGAUGAGGCUGAGUCCGCAUGGACCUUGAAGAAGGAAGAUCUCAGCGCAUUUAUCAAUGCCGCCGAGUGGCCGUUAAACCCUAGCAUUGGCAGUGGCCCUACUCUCAACUUCAUUCUUUAUGUCCCGGAUCCCUCUCAAUCACCCAUGAUCGUCAAGGAAAACCGUGCAUCCAGUUGGAUUGUCCCCCAAUGGGGCGGUGUUUUCCUUCUCAAUCCGCCUCUUGCACAGGCGAGCAAGGGAGGGCAAACCAAUCCAGCCCAUAUCACUCAGGAGUCAUUGCGCCCAGCAUUCAUGACCUUUUCCCAUCAACUUUUGACUCUCCUUGGCACCCCUACCACCCCUGCCUCUCUCCCGCUGCGCCUGCAGUCCUUAAUUCGCGUCCGUGCUGCAACACUUCUCCUUUCCGCUUCAUCCACCAUGGGCUCUCUGGCCCGUCUUACUGAAUCUCUCCCAUCUAUCCCCAUCCCUGCUACCGUUGCAUCGUCAGUCUCCACGACACUUUCCCACCUUUCUUCCACCUGCUCUCAUCUCCGUGGGGGCCGCUUCGGUGCUGCUCUCGCCAGUGCUCGGAUCGCAGAGAGCGAAGCUGAACGCAGUUUCUUCGAGAAGAGUAUGGUUGGCCAGGUCUACUUCCCAGAUGAGCACAAGGUUGCCGUCUAUCUACCUCUGUUAGGUCCUAUUGGUGUCCCCCUGCUGGUCAGUUUGAUGAAGGAACUGAAGCGGCUUGUGGCAGGGUGGAAAGCGCGGAGGCGUUCUACGGCAUAG